CUCGACGUAGCCUAAUUAAUAUUUAUCAGUCGUGGUCGUCAGAUUUGGCGGUAAUUUCGUUGAUGUGAGUUGAGUUUUCUGCUGUGGCAUGGAGUCAAAACUGGACCCGUACUUAGAUCUUAUACAAAGAAUGAUAAAUGAUGGACGCACGGACGAGCAAGUGUCAGAUUUUCUUCGAUUUGAAUGUGGCAUUUCAAGGGGCGCAUCAAAAGCUAACAUACGCCGCUUUUGUGCUGAACGGGGGUUAAAGAGAAUCCGUGUACAGGAUUCCCAACUAGAGGUAGAUGUUGCAAAGGCAAUUACUGAGACUGGACCAACCUAUGGAAGGAAAAUGAUGACUGGGUACCUGGUUUCAAAAGGAGUUAAAGCGUCAGAAGGCAGAGUGGGACAAUUGCUUCGAAGCAUUAAUCAGCCCUAUCAUAUAGCUCGAUACAAUGGAUGUCGGAACAUAAAUCCAGUGCCUUACAGCGCUGACUACAUGGGUCACAAAUUACACAUAGACCAAAAUGAGAAGAUGGUCAUGUUUGGUGUGACACAUGUAGCAGCUAUAGAUGGAUUCUCCAGUAAAAUUGUUGGACAUUCCACUAUGCCAGUAAAAAACAACUUGGUCAUAUAUCAAGAUGUUUACAGAAGUGCUGUGUUAGAAUAUGGCAUUUGGGACCAGGUCAGGGUGGAUCAUGGCAAGGAGUUUUUCUUGACACUUUUCAUGCAGGAGAAACUGGCAGACCACCGGUACAACACAGAAAGGCAGCCAUAUCGGCAAACAUCCUCAACUAAAGUUAGUGUGUGAAUGCUCCACAUUUUAGGUUGCAAAAACUAUGUUGUUAUUUUUAUAGUAAAAAGAUGA